CAAUUGAUAUUCAUUACGUGCCAACAAAGUGAUGCAAUACUUGACUUUCCGGCAUCCCGGCUCACUUUAGUACCAACCCUUCACCUAUCGUUCUCUUCGCCUCCAUCCAGCCCAUACGUACCAAGCUCACAUUAGCAUCAAUCAUCUCUCAAACAAAUUAACAGUUGCAGCAACAAACCCUAACAACAACAGUCAUGAACACUGCAAUCAACACUCCUACUAUAACCAACCCUAACCCUAGCGACCUAUGCAUAAACAGACCUCCAACGGCCACGUUUUGUCGGUUAUCCCCGCUUCUCCGACCUCGUAGCUCCGGCGUACUCACGCUACCGGUUUCUGUCUCCGGUUAUCCGAAAGGUUUACUCAUCUCCGGUUCGAAGUUCCGGAACCGGCCGGUUUUCUCGUUUGCUGAGGAUUCGCCUUCUGAAAUUGAAAUAGAAGAGGAAGCAAACCGUAUUCAAGAACAAGCUCAAGAAUCUGAAGAAGCCUGGAAACAAACUUUAGCCUCUUUCAAAGAACAAGCAUUAAAAAUGUUGAAUAUUUCCCAAGAAGCUUAUGAAGUGUACUUAACAAAGGCUACAACAAUACUGAAGGAGACCUCACAUCAAUUAAAGAUCCAAGCUGAUAAAGCGAGUGAGGAUUUGAGUGUGGUCGCUAAGGAACUUAGUGAAGAAGGUAAAGUGUAUCUGUCUUCUGCUGCAGAGAACUCCCCUGCACCAGUGAAGGAUAUUGUGGAAACCUUUGCUUCUUCAGCUGAUGACUUGAAAGAUGUAUCACAAGUGCUUGACUUUUAUGUCGGUAUUCCAUAUGGUGGGCUGCUUACUUUAGGUGGUUUCCUUUCUUUCAUGAUUACCGGAAGCAUAUCUGCAAUUAGAUUUGGUGUUAUUCUUGGUGGAACUCUUCUGGGCUUGGCUGUCUAUAGUCUACGAUCAUGGAAGAAAGGGGAAUCGUCUGUUGUUGCUUUGAAAGGCCAAGCAGCCAUUGCUACAAUAUUGUUUUUGAGGGAUCUACGCCUAGUGUUCUCGAGACCUGCAUUCACCAGAUAUAUUACACUGAUAAUCAGUGGUGUGGCACUGGCGUUUUACAUCUACAGAGUCACAUACUCACGUGGACAGUCAACAGGAGGAUCGAGUAUUGAGAAUGAAACUUAAAAUUAGCUCUAUGUUGCAAGGUAAUAAUGAAUGACAAUAAUACCCCACCGUCGGCUUCUAUUGUUGUGUGUUUCUAGUGUAAUGGAAUCCGAGUUUCGACUUUGUUUCCUUCAUAUUUUGAAAGGCGUCUACUCCUAUUUUUAUGUGUUCCCAAUGUAACGGAAUCCGGGUUUCGACUUUGUUUCCUUCAUUUUUUGAAGGGCAUGAGUGAUAUGAUAUCCUAUUUUGAAGGCAAAUGUUCCCUACAUUUUUUUUUCCGAAAACAUUUCAUUUUCUUAAUGUAUUUAACCAAAGAAGAGUUAAGGAUUGUA